UCCCGGAGCUCCAGCCUACGAGGCGAGAGCCGCCGGUGGCCCCUGCGCGCUCUGUCUCCUCCGCGCACAGCUCCUACCUGUAGAGUCCGAGGGGCGCCCCCUCCCCGGACACCUAUUCUUCUCCCUCGGAAACCUCCCCCCCAGCUACCCGCGUCUCGGACAGGCGGCGCUGGGACCCCGAGACAGGGCGCCAGGCUCGCAGCUGGUGACAUGUAGACGCCCCCUCCGCGGUCCAGCCUCGGCGCCUGGGCACCCUUCUGCCCGUAAAGUUUGGGGCUGGGCGCCAUGGCCAAGAGCAGCUCCCUGAACGUCCGCGUGGUGGAGGGCCGGGCGCUGCCUGCCAAGGACGUGUCUGGGAGCAGUGACCCCUACUGCCUCGUGAAGGUGGAUGACGAGGUGGUGGCCAGGACAGCGACCGUGUGGAGGAGCCUGAGCCCCUUCUGGGGAGAGGAAUACACCAUCCACCUGCCCCUGGAUUUCCACCAUCUGGCCUUCUAUGUGCUGGACGAGGACACGGUGGGGCAUGAUGACGUCAGCAAGAUCUCGCUGAGCAGGGACGCGAUGCGGCUGACCCCCGGGGAGUUGCCUGGACGGGGGCUGAGAGGAAUUGACAGCUGGAUCAACCUGAGCCGUGUGGACCCAGACGCAGAGGUGCAGGGUGAGGUCUGCUUGGAUGUGCAGAUGCUGGAGAACGCGCGGGGCCGUUGUCUUCGAUGUCACGUGCUUCAGGCCAGGGACCUGGCCCCCCGAGAUAUCACCGGCACCUCUGACCCGUUUGCACGUGUGUUCUGGGGCAGUCAGAGCUUGGAGACUUCAACCAUUAAGAAGACCCGCUUCCACCUGGGAUGAGUGCUGGAACUUCAGGAGAUGCCAGUGCCCCGGCCCCCGCUGCGGGUGGAGCUCUGGGACUGGGACAUGGUGGGCAAAACGGACUUCUUGGGCAUGGUGGAGUUUCCCCCACCGGUCCUGCAGCAGAACCCUCCCCGUGGCUGGUUCCGUCUCCUGCCCUUCCCCAGAGCCGAGGAGGAUUCUGGGGGGCAGCUGGGUGCCCUGCGGCUGAAAGUGCGCCUCAUCGAGGACCGCAUCCUGCCCUCCCACAACUACCGGCCGCUCACGGAGCUGCUCACGGAGGCUGUGCGGGGCCCGGCAGAGGAGGAUGCCGCUAGUCCCCUGGCCGUGCUGGAGGAGCUGACCUCAGGGGACUGCCGCCAGGACCUUGCCACCAACCUGGUGAAGCUCUUUCUUGGCCAGGGCCUGGCCGGGCCCUUUCUGGACUAUCUCACUCGGCGCGAGGUGACCCGGACCACUGACCCCAACACCCUCUUCCGCUCCAACUCCCUGGCAUCCAAGUCAAUGGAACAGUUUAUGAAGCUCGUGGGCAUGCCUUACCUGCACGAGGUCUUGAAGCCCGUGAUUAACCGCGUCUUCGAGGAGAAGAGAUACAUCGAGCUGGACCCUUGCAAGAUAGACCUGGGUCGCACCAGGAGAAUCUCCUUCAAGGGCGCACCAUCCGAGGAGCAUGUGAGGGAGGCCAGCCUGGGGCUGCUGACGGGCUACCUGGGGCCCAUCGUGGAUGCCAUUGUGGGCUCUGUGGGGUGCUGCCCGCCUGCCAUGCGCCUCGCCUUCAAGCAGCUGCACCAGUGCGUGCAAAAGCGCUUCCCCCAGGCGGAGCACGAGGAUGCGAAGUACCUGGCCAUAAGUGGCUUUCUCUUCCUGCGAUUCUUCGCCCCCGCAAUCCUUACCCCGAAGCUGUUUGACCUCCGGGACCAGCAUGCGGACCCCCAGACCAGCCGCUCCCUGCUACUUCUUGCCAAGAGCAUCGGAAACCUUGGCCAGCAGCUUGGGCCAGGCAAGGAAUUAUGGAUGGCCCCCCUGCACCCCUUCCUGCUGCAGAGCGUCUCACGUGUGAGAGACUUCCUGGACCAGCUGGUGGAUGUGGACGGGAGGGCUGGGGGCCCAGCCAGGGCCCUGGUGGCCCCCUCGGUGAUUGUUCGUGAAGGUUACCUGCUGAAGCGCAAGGAGGAGCCCGCCGGCCUGGCCCCACGCUUUGCCUUCAAGAAGCGUUACUUCUGGCUCAGCGGGGAGACUCUCUCCUACUCCAGGAGUCCUGAGUGGCAGAUGCGCUUCUCCAUCCCGGUGUCGCACAUCCGCGCCGUGGAGCGCGUGGACGAGGGCGCCUUUCAGCUGCCGCACGUGAUGCAGGUGAUGGCGCAGGACGGCGCCGGGGCACUGCGGACCACCUACCUCCAGUGCAAGAAUGUGAACGAGCUCAACCAGUGGCUGUCGGCCCUGCGCAAGGCCAGCGCCCCCAACCCGGACAAGCUGGCCGCCUGCCACCCGGGUGCCUUCCGCAGCUCGCGCUGGACCUGCUGUCUGCAGGCCGAGCGCUCAGCUGCCGGCUGCAGCCGCACGCACUCGGCCGUCACCCUGGGGGACUGGAGUGACCCGCUGGAUCCCGACGCUGAGAUCCAGAUGGUGUAUCGGCAGCUGCUCCUGGGGCGGGACCAGCUCAGGAUGAAAUUCCAGGAGGAUUUCAACAUAGAUACAAGCCUGGAGGCGGAUACAAUGAGGGCCUCGGGGACCAAGGAAGGGGCCUGUCCUGAAGCCCUGGCCCGGCAGAGAGAGGCAGCUGGCCGCCUUCUGGAGGUGCUGGCAGAUCUGGACAGAGCCCACGAGGAGCCUGAGCAGCGGGAGCAUCAGAAAGCGGCCCUGGGUCCCCUGGGGCACUGAGGAGAUGCCAGAGCCAGCCUGGAAGGAGGAGGAAGGGGCCAUCGGGCCGCUCUCAGGGCACCCCGGCCCCUCUCGGCUGCCCUGUACCUCGUCGAUGCUGUGGCGCGGAUGCUUCUGGAGAUCUCCCAGUCUCUGUGCCCCAAGUCCAGAACCUCAGGCACGGAAGCCCUCUGGCAGGGGGCUGGCCUUGUACUGAAUGAGUCUCAGUCUCCGGGCUGAGGCAGCUGGGAGUGGACGGAGAGAAGGAGCCUGACUCAUCCGGUUCAGCUGAAAGUCUCUGCUAAACCGGACCGGCCUCUACUCACACCGACAAGGCCAUGGCCCCGAGCUGCUGGAUACAGCUGGACGUGAAUCCCUGAUGCCCACGUGGCCUUGUUGCCCAGACAGGCACGAAAGAGGCUCAGCCCUUCCUGUUUUCACGUCUGCCGAUCCGCGUCACCUCACUGAUCCUCCUGAGCCCUGCCUUGGCCGAGAGUCCUAACCGCCAGCUUCCAGAAUCGGGUUCCCUUAGGAAUAAUGGGGGCUGGGAGCCCAGUGCGCCAGACUCAGACCCCUGGAGCCUGGGACACCUUGGGCUAGGCUCUUGUCCCCUCUUUGAGCCUCAGUUCAUGCUGUAUAAAUAAGGAGGGAGUGUC